AUGUCUCGUUUUUUCGCUCAGGGUGGUGGUGACUCAAAGGAUGAGGAUAUGGAGGAAGUGAUCCAGGAGAUUCAGAACACGGACAUCAACAACCGAACCAUCAGUCAUUUGCCUCUCGAAAUUAUGGAUCAUAUCCUAUCUUUUCUUCCUACUAAGGUCGCUGCUAGGACUCCUUCCCUGUCUAAAGGUUGGCGUGAUGUGUUCUACAGAACACCUACUCUUAGGAUUGAGCUGAAUGACGAGACACGUGACGUGAUACCGUUCAUUAGAUUUGUUGACAGAAUUGUGGCUGUUCGUCGACGAGAUCCUACUCUUCAUCUGCGGAAUGGGCUAUCAGAAAGCAUAUUAGUUGCAAGCUUUCUUGUGGAAUUGAAAAUCAGCACUGCCGACGAACAUCUUAUGUGCAUUGCUUCCAACGUGAAGGUUCAUCUACCCAAUCUCAAGAUUCUUAGUGUCGAUAUGGUGGAUUUUGGAGAUGACGGAAAAGGCUUCUACAACCUUCUGAAAGAUGACCGAGAUCACCGUCCAGCAAGUGUUUCAUCUGUAACACCAAAACUGGUGUAUCUAAACUACAACGAUGACACAGCUGCAAAUUAUAAAGAUCUUGAUUUUGCUUCCCUUGUUGAAGCGAAAAUUCUUCUUCAUCUAAGAGGAGAGAAAGAUAAAAAAGAAGAUAAAAUGGAAGUGGCACAAGAAGAAGAUGCUUCAGACUUCCUUGACGCCAUAUGCAAUGUUAAGAAGCUCUUCUUGCACGCAGACACACUUCGGGGACUCACACAUCAAGCUAAGAUCACAUGUGGAAACGUGUGUAGGUGUGAGGGUGGACUGGUUGCAAAAGCUUAUUGCUUACAAGCAUCUCCGGUGAAGGUUCUAAAGGUAUAUGACUUUGGCCAAGCUACUAAAGAGAUAGACCGCUUUGUUGCUAUGAUGAAUCACUUCUUGGUGAACAUGGCUCAGCUUGAAAGGUUUAUUGUUUACUGUGAUGGAAAUGAUGAGACUCGCCAUGACCUUUUAAUAAGAAUUCAAGGGAAGGCUUCUCCCAACUGCAGGAACCAAGUGCUUUACAAGAAAGCUAGCUAG